AUGCCGCCAACACAGCCUCUGCAACCCCGACAUUCACUGCUGCUACUACCUCCCGCGCCAUCACCGCCGACCUAUGCAACCCUCAAAGCCGCGUACGGUCCCUCCCUCGUCGCUGUUCUCCGACAGCUAGCCGGCUCAUCACAACGAGCCCGUGAAACGACUGUGCUGGACAUUGCCCUGCCGUGUCCUCACCUGUAUGGGCGUCUCGACUCACCAAGGGGCCCGUUGUAUGCUCUUACCCAAACUCUGGUCGCAAACAUCUACAAGCUCCUUGCUGUCAUCGCAGCCAGCGAGUCCAUUGAGACCCAGGGCGCAGGAGGCGUUGAUGCCCGAGUGUUGCUGGUCGCCUAUCCGCGUGAUGGAAAGCUGCUGCAGCCGCCCGAGGAUUCCCCUGCCGACUAUGAGCUAAGGGGACCAGCCGUGGAUCUAUACACCCUUGCCCGCUGUCCAAGGGCCUGGGAACUUGUGUUCUCAGUGGAGAAUGAGGAAGGCGAGCAGUUUCUGAAGAAUUUCGUCGCGUUGAGUGCCUCGGAAAGAGCAGUGUCAAAGGUGCAAGGUGGGCGGGUGCAACAGGUCGAGGCCACGGCUUCAGGCCAGAGUACAGCUGCACCCGUACAUCAUUCCGCAGUCGCUGUCGGCGGCACAUUUGAUCACCUUCACAUUGGCCACAAGUUGUUGCUGACCAUGUUCGCCUUCGUACUUGCGAGACAACCACCCCCUGGAGACACAGAGUUGAGCGCUCUUACCAUUGGAAUCACGGGCGACGCCCUGCUGGUCAACAAGAAGCAUGCCGAAGUGCUGGAAAGCUGGGACUACCGUCAAAGGGCCACGCAUGACUUUCUCUCCUCUAUCCUGCACUUGGGACAACCCGACGACAACAGGAUCGCAAUGCAGAGGAUAUCAGAGCCUGGUCCCAACGGCCGGGCGGUGCAUGUCACUUUCCCUUCCCAACUGGUCCUAAAGUACGUCCAGAUAGAGGAUCCAUUCGGACCUACAAUAACCGAUGAGUCCAUCACUGCGCUGGUUAUCUCCAAGGAGACGAGGAGUGGUGGCAGUGCUGUAAAUGCGGAACGGGAGAAGAAGGGGUGGGCGUCCUUGGAGGUGUUCGAAGUUGAUGUGCUGGACGCCAGCGAAGAAGAUGUGGAGGACGAGACGUUUCAGAGCAAGCUGAGCAGCACAGAGAUUCGCCGGAUCCUGAGUGAGCGGGAGAAGGCAACAGCGGCGAAGCAAUAA